AUGACCGACCUCACUCCUGCGCUCAACACGCUGCUCUCAGCCAAGCAUGCAGCCCCAGUACCUACCCCCGAAUCCCGUCUACCAAGCACAGAGACGGCAGACGAGUUCCUGAAGGAGGCAUACCGAAUCAACUCACAUAUCCAAUCCCUACUGCAAUACCUCCAAUCCAUCCGGCACGCCUACCUCUCCACCACAGCCCCGCGCCACAACACCAGCUUCAACAACACGAAUCCCAAAUCCCGAAACAGCAACCCACACCACAGUCACGCCCCCUCAAAAACACAAACCCAUCUCACCGACCCCGAGCGUGAUGCGGUCGACUCCUCAACCGCGCUCCUGCUCCGCGACUUAGCAGCCUCCAUCUCCAACCUCGCCUCGGCGGAGUCCCUCCGCGUGGAAACAGAAGCGACAGUGCUACGCAAGAAAUAUGGACACGGCGCUGCGCAUUCGCUGCUCUGGCGGUGGGCUGGUGGGGCCGGCGCACUGGGUGAGAGUGGUGGCGAUGAUGCAGAGUCGAGCCGGGGGAAAUCUGAAGAGCAGAUUCAUGCCGAGGGAUGUGCGCGAGCUAUACGGACUGUUAGGGAGGGUGUACUGUGGUUUCUGAGACGGGGGCUGGAGGGCGCGGUGAGUGUGCAGCGGAGUAUGGUUGAGAAGCGCAUUGAGAGGGUGCGCGAGAAGGAGAAGAGUGUUUUGUAUAAGGCUGCUGCUGGAAGUGCUGGGUCUGGGGUGAACGAUGUUUCGUCUCCGAGUGGCAGUGGUGUGCCUGGCAAAACAUCCCCGAAUCCGGCUUCAUACGGCGGUCCCUCGAAACCACCGCCGCAGCCAACACCCGACGCAGCGGUUCUCAGCGACGCGGACACAGCACAGAUCGAAGCACAGCUCUCGCCGGAGCAAUUGCAGCUCUUUGCAGAGGAGAACGACUCCAUGCUACGACAUUAUCAGGAUACCCUGGGGAAAGUCCAAAACGCCGAAAAAUCCCUUCUAGAAAUCUCCUCCCUCCAAGAAACGCUGGUCUCCCACCUCUCCACACAAGAAGAGUUCAUCACGCAGCUGGUCACAGACGCGGAGUUGACAUCGUCGAAUGUCGGCAAGGGCAAUCGCGAGCUGAAGCGUGCAACGGAGAGGCGGAGUACGGCACAGGCCGUGUUUUGGGGGACUGUUGGGUUGUGUACGGGGCUUGUGGUUUGGGAUUUGGUCUUCUAG